AUGAGGAAACUUUCUCCUAUUCUUUUCGCCACGGCAGUCUUUUUGGCGAGUGCCAUUGCAGACAUCCAAUUUGAUAUCCCUGAGCCCAACUAUGAUGUUUCAUCCUCGGCUCCUGGAUACAAGAUCGAUGGAGAGGUUGUGCGCACAAAGUCAGGCUUGGAAUUCCCUCUAUCAUUCAUGGGUGAUAACAAGGAGGAAGGCCGUGAUCUCUUUGGCAAAACAAUCGACGACUUGACAGUCUCUGUAGACUUUGAAGCUGAAGACCGUUUACGUGUUCUUAUUGCUGACAAGGAGGGAAAGCAAAUUCCCGUACCUGAUUCCCCUCUUGGUUUGGAAAGAAGCAAACAUGAUCGUGCUGCACGAAAGCGCAACUAUGAUUUCAAGUACACAGAAAGCCCUUUUAGUUUCCAAGUCAUUCGUAAAGCCGACAAGUCGGUCAUCUUUGAUACCACCGAUUAUCCUCUCGUAUUCGAAGACCAAUACCUUGAAAUCUCAACGGCUGUACCAAAGGAUACCAAUCUCUACGGUGUAGGAGAAGUGGUCACCAACUUCCGUCGCGAUAACAAGCAGAAUGUUACUACGCUAUGGAACCGGGAUGAUGCCACACCGUUCUACAAGAACAUCUAUGGUGCUCACCCCUAUUACACCGAGCUCCGCAAUGGCAAAGCACACGGUGCACUUCUUUUGAAUGCUCAUGGUAUGGAUGUCUUUUUCAAGGAAGGACGCAUUACAUACAAGAUUAUUGGUGGUGUCCUCGAAUUUUUCUUUUUCGUUCCCAAGGAUGCUAAACCCAAUUCGGUGAUGCAAUCUUACACUGACCUUAUUGGUAAACCAUUCAUGCCAGCACACUGGAUGUUGGGAUGGCACCAUUGCCGUUAUGGUUUCAAGAAUAUCAGCCAUGUCAACUGGGCUGUGGAUGGCUAUGAAGAGGCUGGCAUUCCAUUGGAAACCAUUUGGGUCGAUAUCGAUUACAUGGACCGCCGUAAGGAUUUCACUUUUGAUGAGGUCAACUUCCCCGAAGAAAGCAUGAAGGCUUUGAGUCAUCGUAUGCACAGCAACUCGCAACGUAUGAUUACCAUGGUGGACCCUGCUUUGAGUACGAAUACCAGCUAUGAUGUCUACCAGCGUGGUAAAGAAAUGGAUGUCUUUAUGAAGAACAACGAUGGCAGCGAGUUUGUCGGCCAAGUUUGGCCUGGCUAUACAGUCUUUCCAGAUUGGUGGCAUCCCAACAUCACUGAGUUUUGGGGCAAGGAAAUUAUUGAUUGGGUCAAGAAACUUGAUUUGGAUGGUCUUUGGAUUGACAUGGAUGAGCCAUCUUCAUUCUGCCUUGGCUCCUGUGGUACAGGCAAGCAAGAUACUUGGCCUGAUCUCUAUUGGCAACUCGAUGAUGACAAGGCAGAAGCCUUGAUUGCUGAGUGGCAAAAAGCCAUCGACUCUUAUGGCAACUCGACACCAGGCGAUUCACGUAAUCUCUUGUAUCCAAAGUACAGAAUUCGCAAUGGCUAUGGUGAUCUUUCCUUCCGUACUGCUUCUACCAACUCGCUUCACUAUGGUGGUAUUCCUCACUACGAUCUCCAUAAUAUCUAUGGUCAUGCCGAAGGCGAGGUCACACGUCAAGCUCUCUUGAAACACAAGCCCAAUGAACGUCCUUUCCUUUUGAGUCGUUCCAUGUUCCCUGGUUCCGGCAAGAAGAUGGGUCAUUGGACUGGUGACAACCACUCGACAUGGGAGAAGCUUAAGAUUUCUAUUGCAGAGAUUUUCAAUCAACAUCUCUUUGGUAUUUCAUACGCUGGUGCCGAUGUUUGUGGCUUCAAUGACGAUACGAAUGAACAGCUUUGUGCACGUUGGUCCGCUCUUGGUGCCUUUUAUCCUUUCGCCCGUAACCAUAAUAACGACGUUGCUAUUUCACAAGAGCCUUUCUUAUGGAAGUCCGUAACCGAAGCAAGCAAGAAAGCACUUGCUAUCCGAUACAGCAUGCUCCCCUACUUUUACACGCUAUAUGAAGAGGCUCAUCGUGUUGGUACUGGUCUCUGGAGACCUUUGAUUUUCGAGUACCCCAAGGAAAACGAGUACCUUGACAACGAUGAACAAAUUUUGCUUGGAUCUGAUAUCCUCAUCUCGCCUGUGCUCUAUGAAAACGCCACCUCAGUAGAGAACGCACAAAUCCCACCUGGUGUUUGGUAUGAUUGGUAUACCUACAAGGCUGUCGAGGGCAAGUCGUCUGUGACAUUGGAUGCUCCAUUGACUCAUAUCCCUAUUCAUGUCCGUGGUGGUGCCAUCAUCCCUCUCAAGACUUCUGCUUACCUUGUGACCGAUACUUUCAAGUCACCUUAUAGUCUCCUUAUCGCUCUUGACAACAAGGGACGUGCUUCAGGUCGUUUGUAUAUGGAUGAUGGACACUCGAUUGAGCAAGAAGGUACUUCGGACAUUACUUUUGAGUAUCGCAAUGGUGUUCUCAAGGCCCGAGGUACCUUUGAUUAUGCCGAUGCUGAGAAGCUCGAUACGAUCAAAAUCAUCGGAUGCAAUGAUCACCUCAAGACUGCUAAUCACAAGGGCAACAAGUUCCAAGUUUCCAAGGACGAGCAUGGUGCUGCCGUUGUUCAAGGCCUUGACAUUGACUUGACCUCCAAGUUUACGCUCACUUUCCAUUAG